UUUUUUUUCUUGAGAAUCGGACAAAGAGUGGACCCACCCGACCCGAAAGACGCAACCCAUAUUCCCUGCUUCGCUUCGCUUCGAUUCUCGAUCAUAUAAAAGGCUUAGACCAGCCGUCGCAAACUUCCGAUCGCCGGCGGCGAUUUCGAAAUCCCGAUCCCGAUCUCCAUCUCGAUUUCCCAACCUUCUGUCUCAAAUCAGAGACCUUGAUAGGGUCACAAUGACAGUCUCUGACGACGAAGACGAAACCCUCGCUCAUUUCCUCGAAUCCGAAGUCCUCUCCGAGGUAUCAGAUCAGGAAGAGGCGAAAAUUGAAGAGGAGAGACAAUCGAAGAGGUUGCGUGUGGGGGACGAUGAAGGCGAAGCGAAAUCGAUUGUGCAAUUUCAAGCUCCAUCUCCUUCGAAGAGUAGAAUAUUAGAGAGUGAUAAUUGUGGUAGUAGCGAUAGAUUCAGCAUCAGAGCGACGCCGAGGAGGAUGGAGACUGGGUUCUUCAGCAAGAUCCCUUCUGAACUCUUUCAUCACAUCCUCAAAUUCCUCUCUUCUGAGGAUCUUGUUUCAUGCGCUCUGGUUUGUAGAUUUCUCAAUUUUGCAGCUUCAGAUGAGUCUUUGUGGCGUCGCUUGUACUGUAUGCGAUGGGGUUUGCUGCCCCCUACAAAAAAGUUGCGAGAGUGUGCUUGGAAAAAGCUUUACAUUCAGCGGGAUGGAGAGGACAUGGUUGAAUUUGUUAGGUAUUGCCCCUCUGAGUUCAAAGAGUAUUACAUCCAAAUGCAGGCAGCAAAGCGAAGCCAAGCACCUCUCCCUUCUCAGGUGAAUGAUGACCGGAUUAUUCUUGACAAGACUGUUGCUGAUCAAGUAUCUAUAUGGAAAAGCAGCAGAGGCCUAACUGAUAAGGUGGUCCCCAAUCAUGAUUGCUCUGGAGACACAUGUUCUUAUUAUCAAAUUGGAGAUGUAUUCGUUUGUGAGAAGACCGGACAGGUCCAUGUUUGUGAUGAUACAUGCAGAGAAGCUGUUUUGGACCCUACAAAUGAGCUUUUGGUUUGUACAAUAUCUGGGCACUGCUUUGAUCUGUUACUGUCACCAUCUGAAAUGGAACCGGACACUGAACAGCAGCAAUGUGGUGUUUCAGAAGAAGCAGAGCCAUUCAUGGGGUCUGGCCGUUUCGCACGGGCUUAUCUGCUGGGAUAUAGUUGUGCUGACGAGAAGGAGCUACAAGCUGCUUUGAGGUUUUGCUGAUUCGAAACCCUCUGUCAGUAGAGGUCCUGUCAUCCCUUUGUUUUGUUAUUUGCAAAUAUUUAAUAAUGCUUAAUCUAAAUAGCAUGUAUGAGGUUAUGGAUUAUUGAGGUAGUCUUGAUGGGUGUAAAAUAUUUAUGUUGCUUUCUGUUGCUGUCUCCUUUUUCAUAUCUAGUUGUCUUGUGCUAUUAAUGCAAGGGUUUUUGCAUGGCAUGGCAAUUUAAAUUUUGCAAUCUCGGUUGCAUGAA